AAAAGUACAUAUUUAUAUAUUGUUAUUUAUGACGUGCAAAGUUCAUUUUAUCUUAGAUUAUUAUUAGAAUGAAUUACAUUGUCUUUGAAAGGUCGUAUGUCAAUAACUAUUUAGUGAAAAUGAUGGUUGAAUCCUUAGGUUAAGUCAAGAUGUUUUGCUGUUUUAUAUGUGCGACCAAAGUAAUGAAUACGUAGGAAGUUUUUUUGUAGAACUUAUCGAUCUUUGCAUAUAGCAUAUAGCAGAAUAUAUAGAAAUUAGUUUUCUUCCAACAAAAAAUAGAAGCAGGCAAAAUUAUAUAAAUUUUCAGUAAGCAGAAUUUAAAAUAGUUUUCGUAAAAUAAAUACAGGGGCAAGAAAAUAUCGUAUUGGCUGUCUAUGUAUCACUAGCACCAUCUACGGUCACUUCCUAAAUUUAAUUUUACAUAGGCGGAGGGGCGAGAGCUGGAUAGCAAAUAUUACUGGUGGGAGACUUCGUGCUGAAGCACACGUAAAGGUCACCUUCAGUUUUAGUUGGACUCAAGACGCGAAAGCGGUAUCUGCAGUUUAGUCAGAACAUUGUAGGUGUACAAGUAUAGGAAAUUUUAAAAUCAGACAAGAAUUGUCUACAUUCUAAUCUUUAUUGGUAACUGGACGUAUAUUUGUUCGGGAUAUACUUGGUAUCCUGCAGCAAAGAUGGCAGAAGAAAUAGCAGCACAGAGGUUUAUAAAACCUGGUAGUCAUAAAGGUAAAGGCCUUGCAGUCUUUACUAGCGGAGGUGACUCUCAAGGAAUGAAUGCUGCAGUCCGAGCAGUUGUCAGAAUGGGUAUUUACCUAGGUUGUAAAGUUUUUUUCAUCAAUGAAGGCUAUCAGGGUAUGGUGGAUGGUGGGAGUAACAUUGUAGAAGCUAAUUGGUCAUCUGUCUCUUGUAUCAUUCAUAGAGGUGGUACAGUAAUAGGAUCUGCUCGUUGCAAAGAUUUUAGGGAACGUGCUGGUCGUAGGAAAGCUGCAAAAAAUUUAGUAACUCGUGGAAUAGCUAACUUGGUUGUAAUAGGUGGUGAUGGUUCCCUUACUGGUGCAAAUUUAUUUAAAGAGGAAUGGUCAGAUCUAUUAAAAGAAUUAGCUGAAGCAGGUGAAAUUACUUCAGAACAGGCAGAAAAAUACCAACAUUUACAUAUUGCUGGUAUGGUAGGUUCUAUCGAUAAUGAUUUUUGUGGGACAGACAUGACUAUUGGUACCGAUUCAGCAUUACAUCGUAUUAUUGAGAGUAUUGAUGCUAUUGUUAGUACUGCAUAUUCUCAUCAAAGAACAUUCAUAAUGGAAGUCAUGGGUCGACAUUGCGGGUAUUUGGCAAUUGUGGGUGCUUUAGCAGCAGAGGCAGACUUUGUUUUCUGCCCGGAAUCACCACCUCCUGCUGACUGGCCUGAUAAAUUAUGUAGAAAAUUGGAGCAGGAAAGACUCACAGGACAACGACUUAACAUUAUUAUUGUGGCAGAAGGCGCAAUAGAUAGAAACGGCCAACCAAUUACUGCUGAGAAGGUUCAUAAAGUUGUUGUAGACAAACUGCAACAAGAUACAAGGAUUACAGUUCUUGGUCAUGUUCAAAGAGGUGGUAAUCCAUCAGCUUUUGAUAGAGUACUGGGUUGUCGAAUGGGAGCAGAAGCAGUAAUGGCAUUGAUGGAAGCGAAACCAGACACUGAAGCAUGUGUUGUUACACUGGAUGGUAAUCAAGCUGUUAGAUUACCUCUUAUGGAGUGCGUUCGUCGUACUAAAGCAGUAGCACAAGCUAUGGCUGAUAAAAAUUGGGAUCUUGCUGUUCAACUUCGUGGAAAGGGAUUUGCUCGUAAUUUGGAUACAUAUAAAAUGUUAACCCGUUUGAAAGCACCUGUAGAUCAUGACCCUAGUAAGGAAAGUAAUGGCCCGAUAUUAAAAAAGCAAUUCACUUUAUGUGGACAACAACACUAUACGUUAGGUGUGAUGCAUAUUGGUUCACCUUCUUGUGGUAUGAAUGCUGCGGUGCGUUCUUUCGUUCGGAACUGUAUAUAUCGAGGUGAUAAGGUAUAUGGUAUUUGCGACGGAAUAAUGGGCCUUAUGGCUGGAAAAUUUAAAUUGAUGGAUUGGCCUUCUGUCACUGGUUGGGUAGCACAAGGUGGUGCUUAUUUAGGAACUAAACGUGCUCCACCCAAAGAGGAGCAGUUGCCUCAAAUUGCCCAGAGACUUAAAGAAUACGGAAUUCAAGCUUUGCUCAUCAUAGGAGGGUUUGAGGGUUAUCAAACAGGACUUACCUUUUUCAAAGCUAGGGACAAGUAUGAAGAAUUUCGAAUUCCUAUUGCUAUGAUUCCGGCAACUAUUAGCAAUAACGUUCCAGGAACCGAGUUUUCAUUAGGUUGUGACACAGCUUUAAAUGAAAUUACAGAGAUCUGUGAUCGAAUUCGUCAAUCGGCACAAGGUACAAAGCGUCGAGUAUUUAUUAUUGAAACUAUGGGUGGAUACUGCGGUUAUUUAGCUACGGUCGCUGGAUUAGCCGGAGGUGCUGACGCAGCAUAUAUUUUCGAAGAGAAGUUUAAUAUUAAAGACUUAAAUCAAGAUGUCAUUGCGAUGGCAGCAAAAAUGUCUGAAGGUGUACAGAGAGGUCUUAUUUUGAGAAAUGAAAAUGCUAACUUGAAUUAUAAUACAGAUUUUAUGCAGAGACUUUUUAGCGAAGAAGGAAAGGGUCUAUUCAGCUGUAGAAUGAACAUUAUUGGUCACAUGCAACAAGGUGGUUCACCGACUCCAUUUGAUCGCAAUUUGGGUACAAAAAUGGGGUCUAAGGCAGUUGAGUGGUUUACCGAACAAUUAAAAAAAUAUAGUAGUGAUGGCAGUAAGGUAACGACGAUGGAUGCUGAUAGUGCCGUUAUGAUUGGUAUUGUGCGAAGACAGUAUAGAUUUACGCCGUUUACAGAACUUAUUGAAGUUACGGAUUUCGAACACCGCAUUCCGACAUAUCAGUGGUGGAUGAAAUUGCGGCCAUUACUCAAAGUUUUAGCAAAACAUGAGUCUACAUAUGAGGAAGAAGGACUUUAUAUCACUGUAGAAGAAAUGGAUCUUGAUAACGAUCCUCUUGUAUAAAUUACAUGUAUGUGAUGAAAGGUAAUGUUCCAUAAAUAUGCAGUGUUAAUUGUAGAUUUUGUUAAACAGUAUUGUAUGGCGUUAUAAUAAUUAUUUUCCGUUGUUAUUUGCGGGAGAAAAAAAAGGUGCAACUUCAGAUCCGCAUUCGUAAAAUUUAAUAUUCUAUGAGAUUUAGUAUAGAUUAACUAUUUUGGCGAUUGGCAUGAAAUCGCAAUGUGUACAUGCACAUAUGUAUACUUAUCAUUUAUAGAUUGGUUUACUCAAUAGCGAAAUGCACUCUAAUAUAACUUAAUCUCCUUAAUGUGAAUUGUCUUAAUAAAUAGUAAAUUACUGCAUAUUAUUGAUAUAAUCAAGAGUAUAGAUUAAUAUUUUGUUUAAAAAAUAGUAAAUUUAUAUAUUUUGAUUGCGGCUUAAAAUUCAGCAAGAAGUAGGAGGUACAAAGAUAGUACCUGAAACAUGAAGGUAAACUAUAUUUUAGUAAUAUAAAAGAAUGAAACAGGUAGUGAGACAUCGUAACGAGCAUUUUCAUUGAUGAAAAUAAAAAAAUAAAAAUAAAAAAGAAAAUAAAUAAAUAAGAAAAUAAAAAUAAAAAAUUACAUUCUUGUACUGAAUGUACAAGUAUUUAUUGUCAUUGCCAUCGGUACGCGCGUGCGCCCGUACACACAUAUACGUACACCUGAAAAUAGAGCAAAUGAAAAUAUAAGUAUCUAUUAAUGUAAUGUAAAACAACGUUGAAAUAUUAUAACAUAAUCAAGGAACAUACAAGAUAAUAUAAUUCUAUACGAAUAUGACGAUAAAAAUUAAUACAAUUAACGAUUUUAAUCUCUCAAUACGACAUUCGAGUACAAUAGCUUCCAGUCUUAGAUUUUAUGAACAUUUUUAACGCAUUUAGCAUCAGAUUUGUUAUUCUUGUCUAUUUAAAAUCUUGAUACCACUCACAAUAAUUAUAUUGCAAUUGUAUUAAUCUUAAAAAUGCAUGAAAUUUUUGACACUUAAUUUUUUCUUGUAGCUUUAACAGAAAUUCAUCAGUAUGGCAACGCUUUUAGAGGGUAUUAUAUUCUACCCUUUCCAGUACUGUUGGUUGCAAUGUGAACUAAGAAUCGAAUUACAGCUUUCAUGGCUAUUUUACGAUCUUGCGAGUAAAUUUAAGCUAUAUUUGUGGUCUAUUAAGAUAUAAAAUUAAACGUAAUGUGGCAUCUUUCUUAAAUGAAAACUUAUCAUUUGGUUUAGCUUUACCUAUAGCUAUGAAAAGCUAUUUGAAGAAUAUACUUGUCUACCUCAAAAUAUAAUUUGCAACGACAAGCGAUACUUAGGGCGAACUAAAGACCUAAGUCUUACUGGUUGCAUAUAACAUUAAAAGGUUUUGCUAAGAUUUAAGGCUUGUGACCACAGGAAUAUUUAGAUUUAAUUCGUGUUAUUAUUAUACUCGUGUAUUAUCAUGUGUAUUCAUCUCGACAAGUCGUACAGAUAUUAAACUCGAAAUUGUUUUCUUGGAUGUAGAAAAGAACAAUUUCUACAAAAUUUUAGAAUCGUAAAUUUUUUUAAUGUUAACGAUCAUGGUAUUUAUUGAAUUUAUUUCUCUUUUAAAAACUUGAUAAGGUGAUGUUAAUUAAAGUUCGGUGAUACAAUUAAGAAACACAUAAAGAAGAUUUUCAAGGAACUGACUGACACGUCCAUUUAAUAUAAAAUACAAGUCGUGUUUCGAUUAACAAUGUCGCAAUAUUAAAGAACGUCUACGUUUCUGACUAUCGUUUUUAAAAUGUAAACACGUUCAUCUAAGUCAACAACAAUCGGAUCAGGAUAUGAAAUAUUUUUAUUUGAGAUACAGAACAACUUCUCACGAACAUAACAUAAAAUAAUCUAAUUUAUAUUUGUCACUGAAUCCUAAACUAGUAUAAUACAGCAGAACUACGUGUAUAUUUUAGGGAGGAUUAUGCACGUUGUUUAUUUAAAAUUGUUGUUGUAAAUGCAUAAAUAAUGAUUUAGCAAAAUACUGAGACAAUAGAUGUUGUUGACAAGCAUAUGAAAAAAAAAAUAUUAUUCAAUAUAAACGAAACUGUAUCUGUGAAGAUAACACUCUCAAAGGGUUAUAAUGAUUCUCGAAGAUAUCCUCUUUACAUUGCCUUCGCAUAUUACGUAUGAUUGUUAAAAAUAUAAACUUAUUAUGGCCUAAUCAAUGGAGGAUCUGCACUUCAAAUUUGUACAGUUAUCGAUACAAGAGCGGAUGAUCAAAAAAAAUAUCGGAUAUGAAGGAAAUUGUAAAAAUUUAUAAGGAUAAACAAAAGUAAUAUAUUAUAAAGCAUGUGUAAAUAAGUAUAUCGAUCCGCUUUUGUGUAUGAAAAUAGAAAUGUUACAACACACACAGACACAAGAUGUAUUUUAUAUAACUUUAAGUAUAAAUUCCGAAUUUUGAUCGUAUAUCAUAUGUGUUCAUUUAAGUGCAUCAGAGCAGACAGAUUAUUGUUCCACUGCUAAGCAUGCUAAUACAAACAUAUAAUGUACAAAUACAGAAGCGUUAAUAUCAUACCACUAUGAUUAACUAAUAAUAUAAUGAAAAUAUAACGUUGGAAGAGUAUUAUUUUUACGAUUACAGAGGUAUAUUUUCGACUCAUUGUUGAUCAAUGAAUUUUACAGUUUAUCUCUGGCAUAAUAUAUAUGAAAUCUAGAAGUUAUUUUGUUUCAAUAUUGAAUUGUUAAAUAUGUAUUUUCCCUUUACCAUCACAUAACUAUUAAGAUAUUUAUUUAUAGAUAAAUAUUUAAAGUGUCGCGAAAUAUUUGUGGUGAUUGCAUAGUUUUAAUAGUAAAUGCAUAGGAAUAUGUAUAAGAAUAUUGUGACCACUAAAAAUGUACCUAAUACUAUUAAUAAAGUGUAUCUUAUAAUGUU